CCCGCCCACCCGCCCGCCCGCCGGCCGCCGCGGUGGCCGUCCGGGGGCGACACAUCCUGGGCGCGCGCCGGACGGAAGCGCCACUGGGACUGACACGUGGACUUGGGCGGCGCUGCCCGGUGGGUCGGCCGGGCGGGAGCGGACUCCGGACACACUGCCCCUGCGGCUGUCGGUGCCCAAUGCAGCCGCCCCCGGACGAGACCCGCAGGGACGCGGCCGAGGAUGUCCAGUGGUCCAGGCCCGAGUGCCAGCUGUGGACGGGGACCCUGCUGCUGGGCACGUGCCUGCUGUACUGCGCCCGCGUCAGCAUGCCCAUCUGUGCCGUCUCCAUGAGCCAAGACUUCGGCUGGAACAAGAAGGAGGCUGGCCUCGUGCUCAGCAGCUUCUUUUGGGGCUACUGCCUGACCCAGGUGGUGGGCGGCCACCUGGGGGACCGGAUCGGGGGUGAGAAGGUCAUCUUGCUGUCGGCCUCCGCCUGGGGCUGCAUCACCGCCGCCACCCCGCUGCUCGCCCAGCUGGGCAGCGCCCACCUGGCCUUCAUGACCUUCUCGCGCAUCCUCACGGGCCUGCUGCAAGGGGUCUACUUCCCUGCGCUGACCAGCCUGCUGUCGCAGAAGGUGCGGGAGAGCGAGCGGGCCUUCACCUACAGCACCGUGGGGGCCGGCUCCCAGUUCGGGACGCUGCUGACGGGGGCCGCGGGCUCCCUGCUCCUGGACUGGUGCGGCUGGCAGAGCGUCUUCUAUUUCUCCGGCGGGCUCACCCUGCUGUGGGUGUGUUACGUGUACAGGUGCCUGUUGAGUGAGAAAGAUCUCCUCCUGGCCUUGGGCGUCCUGGCACAGGGCCUGCGGGUGACUAGGCACACCAAAGUGCCCUGGAGACGGCUCUUCUGGAAGUCUUCCGUCUGGGCAGCCAUCAUCUCCCAGCUCUCGGCGGCUUGUUCCUUCUUCAUCCUCCUCUCCUGGCUGCCGACCUUCUUUAAGGAGACCUUCCCCAACUCCAAGGGCUGGGUCUUCAACGUGGUGCCCUGGCUGGUGGCCAUUCCUGCUGGUCUGUUCAGCGGGCUUCUCUCUGACCGUCUCAUCAGUCAGGGUUACAGGACCAUUACCGUGCGGAAGUUCAUGCAGGUGAUGGGCCUCGGCCUGUCCGGUGUUUUCGUCCUGUGUUUGGGUCACACCUCGAGCUUUUGUACGUCUGUGGUCUUUGCGUCGGCCUCCAUCGGCCUCCAGACCUUCAACCACAGUGGCAUUUCCGUCAACAUCCAGGACCUGGCCCCGUCCUGUGCCGGCUUUCUGUUUGGUGUGGCCAACACAGCUGGGGCCUUGGCAGGUGAGAGGUGGGCCAGGGCCCCCUGCCUGCAGGUUUCAAGCCCAGAGUUCCCUGGGGAGCUGCCUGGCUACCCCACUUCAUGUCCUCCCACCCGCUCCGGCUGCUUCAGCCUUGCAGGGUGUUGUGGGCGUGUGCCUGGGCGGCUACCUCAUCGAGACCACGGGCUCCUGGACGUCCGUGUUCAACCUGGUGGCCGCCAUCAGCAGCCUGGGGCUGUGCACCUUCCUGGUGUUCGGGAAGGCCCAGCGGGUGGACCUGAGCCCCACCCACGAAGACCUCUAGCUGCCCUGGGCCACCGCCCCCUGAGGACCCGGCGCCACCAGCCUUGGGGAGCAGGGCCAGUUCAAGAGCCUCUUCUUCCUGGUGUAUGAGCCUCGGAGCGAGCCUCGGUCAGGCGGGAAGGUGGGGCCGUCGCUGGCCCUGGGCCGCCCAGGUGGGGCCUGUUCCUUGCCCGUGGGGGGCUGUGCCCCCCUCUCAGGGUUGGUGGGACUGCGGGGUGUUUAGCAGCACCCCCGGCUCCCACCCACUAGACGAACCCCCAGUCAUGACAGCCAACAGUGUCUCCUGACGUCACCAAGUGUCCCUGGGGACCGGCCCCCGGUGGGAACCACAGCUCCCGAGGAAGGCCGUGGAGGGUGGGGAGGCGUUUCUGCUUCUCCAGACGGUCCAGGCUGAGGCUCCCAGUUCAACGGGUUGUGAGGUCUUGAGGCCUUUGCCCAUCCUUGGCGACCCCACCCCCGGUGACCCCCUCCCGUGAAUCCCUGGGCCCUGGCCAUUCAUUCUGCUUCCCUGGUGCCUGGUGCCUCCGGCCCUGAGGGGAGGGUGGGCACCCCUCCAGGCUAGGACGCACCCCGGAGCCUGGGCAGAGCCACCUUUCCACACUGUCUCUCACCCUUCCUGUUCACAGUAGAGAAGCUGUCGUCUCGUGAAUUAAUAAUAGAUUUUGCCAGAUGUUUACGUAGAGAAAAGAAACUAUGGGAAUGUGGAAAAUUACACCAGAGCCUCAUUUAAAUGCUGACUAUUAAAGUAUUUAAAGAGA